UGAUAGUCGAGUUAUGUAUUUACUAAUAAUCAUAGUAUUGUUGUAUGAAAUAAAAUAGUAAAGUUCAAGGUCACUUUUUUAGUGUCUCUAUUGCUCUGUUGCUGCGUCGCCCGGGUCCCGGGUCCAGGAUAUUAAUGACAAGAUGGCGCUUCGGUGGGGAUCAUAAAAGCCGAUUCGCGGCUAGCUGGUAGCUGGUAUAUGGAGGAAGGUGUCUAGAUAUAGAGUUCGGCUAUCUACUGCACAGAGCUACCGUUGUCGGUCUGGCUCUGGACGGUUUGCGUCUAAAGGAGUAAACACCAGCACAUUUGGUCGAGUUUGUUUUAUUAUUUUAACAUUAUCAGUGUUUACAACAAUAUCAAGUAGAUUGUUGUGAAAAUGGAGCUGAGUGGUUCGUUUGUCGGUUAAAAUGUGUCCACUGUCUAAUAAUCUAUAGCAAGUGUGUGAUGUGUUCUAGGUGAAGACGCGAGGGGUAACGUCAUAAGCGGGGCAGAGGGCGAUACUCCAAAGACCCUAGUGCUGUUGUGUGAGUGGACCGGAGUGCUGUUGAGAGGGAGAAAAGGAGGGAAAACAUUAAUACUAUUAAUAAUUACAAUAAUAACAACAGUAAUAUCAAUAGCAAUAGUAGUAACAGCAAAAAUAAUAAUAAUAUUUAUAUAUUGAAAGGUAAUAAAAAAAAGUAACAACGUAAAAGGGUGUUGUGUUGUAAAACGCGUUGAUGUGCGUAAAGCGGGCGCGUGGUACGCUCGGCGCGGCGACCACAAAUGAGCUCGGUAAUAUCAUUAGCCUCGGCGGCGCCACAAUUCAAAAAAAAUGUCAAACAUAUCACCCUCACAAUUAAUGAUAAAUGGUGAUAAUGAUAUUGUAGUUGCCGGAAAUUAUCAAGAAUUCCACGUGGUGGACACUAAUCGUCUAGACAUAAGUGAGAUUGGUGUUGCGUCUGAUCUAGGCGCCGUUGUCGAAGGUGUAACGUCAACCUCAACAUCCUCCGUUGUUGUUGUUGACUAUCACAAUCAUCCAGAGUUGCACAGCACACCAUCUUCCACAUCGUCGUCGUCCUCGUCCUCAUCGUCAUCCUGCUCAUCAUCUUCCUCGUCAACCUCACUGCUGUCACUUACCGAUCCGAAUAUUUUGACACACAGUGCAGUUGUUAAUUGCAGUGCCGGUGGCAGUGCCAAUAAUAACAAUAACAAUAAUAGUAAUAGUAGUAGUAGUAGUAGUAAUAGUAAUAAUAAUAAUAAUAACAGUAAUAAUAAUAGUAGUAGUGCGGCGACUGCUGCAUACAACAUGGUAGCGGCGAUGAACGAGCACUUGUCGUCCUCAUCAGCGACCAACAGCGCACGUACUACGAGCGCACAAAACGAAUUUAUAAUAACCAGUGGACACGCGGUUACUGACAACGUUGACGACGUCGUCGGCGACAAGCCAAGCUCCGCUGGCAUACUGACUUUCCCCUGUGACUUUGAUCACAUGUAUGCCAGCAUGACCGACGGCGGAACCCCAGCUGUAGCUGCGACCGCGACGUCGGCCCUCGGCGUUAGUCCUCUCAGGGGCAACGAGCCACGUCUCAAUGAUCUUGCAGAGGUCAAGCACCUCAAGGAAUUGUUAUUACUCCAUCUUGACCUCAUACAACAGCAAUCUGAACAAAUUGUCACUAAAGAUAAACUACUGGCUGCUCUUAGACAGGAAAAUGAAACGCUUAAAUUGCGGCUGGAGCGCAUGGACAGACGGGUUAAUUUACAAAAAUUGCGCUCCGAAAGUACUGAAAAUUCAAUAGCCUCAGAUAUUACCGGACCAUGCUCGCCACCAAGUCUUCAUACAGUCAGCAUUGUCACGCCGCUUAUUGUCAACGAGCAGCAUCAUAAAAAUCUUGCUCCUGAGUGUAAUAACAGUCCGCAGUACAAUGAGAGCUUUAAAAUACGACUUAAUACCAGCGGUGGUAUCACGACUGUUAAGCAAGAGCACACAAAUGAUAAUUUGAAUAAACUAGAAGUUAAGCCAGACAUCGGUGGUGCUGGUGGUGGUGACGCCAGGCUAGAAUGGGAGAGUAAAAGAAAUAAAAGAAAAUCAGAUCCAACACCUUUGCAAAGUACUGGGAGUAAACGUAAACGUGGGGUAUCAUGCUCGUCGACAAUAAGCAACGAUACGACCUCGACUAUUCCUGAUACUAAAAAUUCAGCACACGACUCUAGUAAUAGAAAAUCUGAUAAAAAAGGCAAGUCGAUUAUCAAGAAAGAAUCAUUUUUAACAACUGAAGAGCAUUAUUACACUGCUCUGGGUGAUCCUCAUUAUAACUUGAGGACGAAACCUAAAUUGGAAGACGAGUCAAAUAAUUUAGAAGUACCGAGUUGGAGAAUAAAAGUCUACACCAGUUGUUAUACUAUGGAAGGAACGGAAAAUUUGGAUGAUGAGAUUUUUAAUAAACGUCAUUUGAAACUGGAGAAUGAUGAGAGAAGAAGAAAACGAUGGGAUGUACAAAGGAUAAGGGAGCAGAGGCAUAUUGAAAAAUUAAAACAAAGACAAGAGCGGCAAAACCACCAGGCGACAUGUUACAAUACCAAUCACACUGGUCCAUGUCCAUCAACUGCUGAGGAAGAAGUCAUUACGACACUUUGGCCGGAUAUGGACCAAAUACAAAGUCUUCAGGUUGAUCCUGAGUUACCAGUAUCUGCAUUUGGCGCUCCCGUGCCCAGUUUUACUCCUAGUGAAUUCUCUCUUCCGUGGCUCCAUUCUGCGAGAUCUAAGAGUCGGCGACCUAAACGAUCAACUAGUAGAAGAAAAUCACGGAGAUAAGCAUUAAAGGACAUUUUAUAUUUUAUUUUAUAUUUAAACAUUUCUUCUAUCUAGUUUAUAUAUUUUAGUUUAUCAAAUCAAAAUUUUAAUUUAAUUAUCUUAUAUCUCUCACGUAUUGAAACUUGUACUCACGAUUCCCGUGCAAAAUAGGCCACCAAAGAUGUUUUUGUAUGAUUCAUUUUUUUUUCUGUCUUUUUAUACUCGAAAAAAAAAAAAAAAAAGAGAGAAACUGCGUGACAGAAUGAAAGUUAUCUAAUAAUUUCUUUUUUAAAUUAAUUUUUGACACAAUCUGGAGUUUUUUUUUUUAAAUUAUUUUUAUUAUUGAAACUGUUUUAUAAAUAAAAUGAGUAGAUGUUUGAUACAUGUUAAAUAAAUUUGAUAAAUAUA